CUCUCAGAUUUACAUUUUUCUAGUUAUGGAGCGUGCAAGGAGACUUGCUUACAGAGGGAUCGUGAAACGUCUCGUCAACGAGACAAAACGCCACCGUAACGGCCAAUCCUCUUCUCUCCCGGCGACGACGGUAACUCCCUCAAGGUAUGUCUCCUCCUUUCUCCAUCACCGUCGUGAUAUCUCUGGAUCGACUUUCACCACCUCCGGGAGAAAUCAACACCAAACACGAUCAAUCUCCGUCGAUGCGUUAAAGCCAAGCGACACUUUCCCGCGCCGUCACAACUCUGCAACACCGGAGGAACAAACACAGAUGGCGAAUUACUGUGGAUUCGAUAAUCUCAACACGUUGAUUGAUUCAACUGUUCCGAAAUCGAUUCGGUUAGAUUCGAUGAAGUUCUCUGGGAAAUUUGAUGAAGGAUUAACAGAGAGUCAAAUGAUUGAGCAUAUGAGUGAUUUAGCUUCGAAGAACAAAGUUUUCAAAUCUUUCAUUGGUAUGGGAUACUAUAACACUCAUGUUCCUCCUGUGAUUUUGCGUAAUAUUAUGGAGAAUCCUGCUUGGUAUACUCAAUAUACUCCUUAUCAAGCUGAGAUUUCUCAAGGAAGGCUUGAAUCUUUGCUCAAUUACCAGACGGUUAUUACUGAUCUUACCGGUUUACCGAUGUCGAACGCUUCGUUGCUCGAUGAAGGUACUGCAGCUGCGGAAGCGAUGGCUAUGUGUAAUAAUAUUCUCAAGGGGAAGAAGAAGACGUUUGUUAUUGCUAGUAAUUGUCAUCCUCAGACGAUUGAUGUUUGCAAGACUAGAGCGGAUGGUUUCGAUUUGAAAGUUGUGACGGUUGAUCUUAAGGAUGUGGAUUAUAGCUCUGGGGAUGUGUGUGGAGUGUUGGUUCAGUAUCCGGGGACUGAAGGUGAAGUGUUGGAUUAUGGUGAGUUUGUUAAGAAUGCUCAUGCUAAUGGUGUUAAGGUUGUGAUGGCUACGGAUUUGUUGGCUUUGACAAUGUUGAAACCGCCGGGGGAGUUUGGGGCUGAUAUUGUCGUUGGGUCGGGUCAGAGGUUUGGUGUUCCGAUGGGUUAUGGUGGUCCUCAUGCUGCUUUCUUGGCUACUUCACAAGAGUAUAAGAGAAUGAUGCCUGGGAGAAUUAUUGGUGUUAGUGUUGAUUCUUCCGGGAAGCAAGCUUUGCGUAUGGCUAUGCAGACUAGGGAACAGCAUAUCCGCAGGGAUAAAGCUACCAGCAACAUCUGUACCGCUCAGGCAUUGCUUGCAAACAUGACUGCCAUGUAUGCUGUCUAUCAUGGACCAGAAGGCUUAAAAUCUAUUGCACAACGGGUUCAUGGUCUAGCUGGUGUAUUUACUUUAGGAUUGAAGAAACUGGGAACUGCACAGGUCCAAGAUCUUCCCUUCUUUGACACUGUCAAAGUUACGGUUUCGGAUGCACAUGCAAUUGUUGAUGCGGCAGCCAAAAAAGAGAUCAAUUUGCGUCUUGUGGACUCCAACACUAUUACUGUUGCUUUUGAUGAAACAACCACCUUGGAUGAUGUCGAUAAACUUUUUGAAGUUUUUGCUUCCGGCAAGCCAGUUCAAUUCACGGCUGAGUCUCUCGCACCGGAGUUUAACAAUGCUAUUCCUUCUAGCUUAACAAGAGAGAGCCCUUAUCUGACCCACCCAAUCUUCAACAUGUACCACACGGAGCAUGAGUUACUUAGGUACAUCCACAAGUUACAAAAUAAAGAUCUAUCAUUGUGCCACAGCAUGAUUCCCCUAGGAUCUUGUACAAUGAAAUUGAAUGCCACGACCGAAAUGAUGCCAGUCACAUGGCCAAGUUUCACCAACAUGCACCCUUUUGCUCCUGUGGAACAAGCCCAAGGUUAUCAGGAAAUGUUUACAAACUUGGGUGAGCUCUUGUGUACUAUCACUGGGUUUGACUCUUUCUCAUUGCAACCUAAUGCUGGUGCUGCUGGCGAGUACGCCGGGCUCAUGGUUAUUCGUGCAUAUCAUAUGUCAAGAGGAGAUCAUCACCGAAAUGUAUGCAUCAUACCUGUUUCUGCACACGGGACAAACCCUGCUAGUGCUGCUAUGUGCGGAAUGAAAAUUGUUGCCGUUGGAACUGAUGCCAAGGGAAACAUUAACAUCGAAGAGUUGAGGAAAGCCGCCGAAGCCAACAAGGACAACUUGGCUGCUCUUAUGGUUACAUACCCGUCGACCCAUGGAGUCUAUGAAGAGGGUAUCGACGAGAUUUGCAACAUAAUUCAUGAAAAUGGAGGCCAAGUUUAUAUGGAUGGUGCUAAUAUGAACGCACAGGUGGGUUUGACAAGCCCUGGUUUUAUUGGAGCGGAUGUUUGCCAUCUCAAUCUCCACAAAACCUUCUGUAUUCCUCACGGAGGUGGAGGUCCUGGUAUGGGCCCUAUCGGCGUGAAGCAACAUUUGGCUCCAUUCCUACCUUCUCACCCUGUGAUACCUACCGGUGGUAUCCCUGAACCCGAGCAGACAUCACCGCUGGGAACCAUUUCUGCUGCACCAUGGGGGUCUGCGCUUAUCUUGCCAAUCUCGUAUACUUACAUUGCGAUGAUGGGAUCUGGGGGACUCACCGACGCCUCAAAGAUUGCAAUUUUGAACGCUAACUACAUGGCAAAGCGUCUGGAGAGCCACUACCCAGUUCUUUUCCGUGGUGUCAAUGGAACAGUCGCCCACGAAUUUAUCAUUGACUUGAGAGGAUUCAAGAACACUGCUGGAAUAGAACCAGAGGAUGUGGCCAAACGACUUAUGGAUUAUGGGUUCCAUGGACCGACAAUGUCUUGGCCUGUCCCUGGAACACUUAUGAUCGAGCCAACCGAAAGCGAAAGCAAGGCUGAGUUAGACAGGUUCUGCGAUGCUCUCAUCUCAAUCAGGGAAGAAAUUUCCCAGAUUGAGAAAGGAAAUGCUGAUCCGAACAACAACGUUCUCAAGGGAGCUCCACAUCCUCCUUCAUUGCUGAUGGCAGACAUAUGGAAAAAGCCGUAUUCCCGUGAAUACGCAGCCUUCCCCGCUCCAUGGCUCCGCUCCUCCAAGUUCUGGCCCACUACAGGGCGUGUGGACAACGUGUAUGGAGACCGUAAUCUGGUGUGCACUCUCCAACCGGCGACCGAAGAACAGGCUGCAGCUGCAGUGUCUGCUUAAAUCAAGUCACUAUGAAGCGAUUCACACUCACACCUGAAGCCACAAUGAAGCGAUUCGGACUCA